GUAUUUUCCAAUAUUUUUCUGCAUGUAGGCUCCGCGAAAUUGCCAAGAGUAGAAUACAUACAAAAAUACAAGUCCGUUAAGUACAUUCUGGUGGAUAUUGCAAAUGACGGCUGAGGUGGAUGACAAAAUAUGUUAGAGGCUUGUGCUGAUGGAAUUUCCUAUAAUAAUGGCGGUUUUAAGGGCUGAUAAUUUAACAGAAAGUAAAUAAUUGAAUCAAUGUUAUUUUUUCUAUGUGUGCGCUAGAAACAAGUCAUUGACGUAGUUUUGAACAUAGCUACAUUCCAAUAAAAUAAUAAUGAUAAAUUUGUAGUGUUCAGGUGGUUUGGCUCUUCAUUAAUGACCUGGUUAGUGAAUGAGAUGGACUCCGUCGCCUCGUGUAGUGAGCAGUUUAUGGAACGCGUCGCACUGUGUUGACGUGUAGUGAGGCCAGGGGUGCCGUUUGAGGCUUGAAGGAGACUACUAUGUACCCUACAUGGACACAAGUGGACAUACACAGUCCUAGCGCCCCAUUCACCGCCUCUUUAAGACGACCCGCCAACUCUCAGGACUGCCCUGUGAAACACAUGCCCACCUCCCAUCCCCACACCUCCCAGCACUCGCUUCUGCUACUGUAUGAAGCGUCGAGGUGCUUCCUCCCACUCAAAGGACCAUCCAGAGAAAAUCACGCAUCUGUGAAGCACUUACCUCGACCCAGACGACUCUCUCGACUGGAGGUAAAUCGACCCUUUGACAGCUCCGUCGAGGGCUGUUGCUGCGGGUCGAUGAGACAAGGAGAGAGUCAAUUGCAAAUUAUGUCUGAUACGGACGACAGACUAGGAUCAGGGCGAAAACCUUGCGUCUCAUCCUUCUCCAGCGACCAUCACGAGUCGCGACUCACAUCCUUUCGAAGGCCUUCUCUCGCCAUGGCUCCUAAAGGAAACUCUCAAACACCACUCCGUCUGGGACCUCGACGUAUUAGCCUCAGAGUCCCAUGCGUAGUAUUCUCAGUUCGUUUUUUGCUCAUGAGCUUUGCCCUGUGCCUCCUGCUGGCGGGAGGCAGUGAGGGUAGUGAGUUCCCGGACCGUGAGUGUUGCGACAGUGUGCCUCCACCACCCCCUAACUACCACCAGGCCACAUCAACUACCACAACUACCACCCCCACCCCACACGCCGGACACAACACUUCAACCCUUUCUGUGAGCAACGGAGCCAACGGUGUCAUCAACUGCAUCGAGGCGAGGCAGCAGUGCCACAAUGACCACAGUUGCAGGGAUGUACUCACCAUGUUGCACAAGAUCUGUGGGCCUGAGUUAGUGGCCUGUGCUACUGUGACUCCCGGCAAGUGUAAACUCUUGCUGAAGACGCUUGGGACCUUCGACUACCUUACGUCUUGCUCCUGUGCCGAGCCUCACAUUGACUUCAACUGCUACACCUUCAGGGAGACCAUCUUCAACCACCCAUGUUCUUUGGUCGAUACGCCAGAGGACAAUACAGCAGUGAUGCCCACCUGCAGCGAGGCUAAUGACCUGUGCAAGACCAAAGGAAGUUGCUUGAGAAACUACAUGGAUUUUGUUAACAUGUGCAGCUUCAGUGGGAUCACUUGUACGGCUCAAGACAGUACGAAAUGCAACGAGAUCUGGAGAAAGAUUCGCCUUUCACCUCUCUUCGGUUGUACCUGCGCUCCGCCACCCCCAAUGCGUACCCUGGCUUACGGCGGAAGGGGAGGUCCUGGGAACGUCUUGACUUCAAUGAGGGGCUCCGGCGAUGACAACGAAGACUGUAUAUUUCACUACAACAAGACCCACGAGAAUCCGUGUCUAGCAUUACAAGGACACUGACUGCUCGGAACUCUGUCACUGCAUCUUGACCGACGAGGACAGGGAACCUCAGGCUAAAUGCACUACCUUGACGUGCAUGGACACCAAGGCGUGCAACACCUCCCGCGCUCUCUACCCACACACCGCGCCCUACUACCUGGCCUACAGGGGCUUGUGCGUCUGCUACAAUGGUGCUUUCAUAUGCCAGAGGCCCAAUCCAGAAGAGUAUGACCUGGGACCCGGAAUCUACCUAUUCCUGGGUUACAGCCGGGGGGAAGUGAAGAUCCUGCAGCCCCACACUUCAGUCAAUGAACAUGAAGCUGUCAAGAUCCUUGAGACAAUUCUCAUUAAAGAUUACGGAUUCAAGUGCACGUUGGAGACCAAACAUCACAUGGGGGAGAACUUCAUCAUCUUGGCUGAGCUCAGCAUCAACCCAGAGACCUACAUUAGCCCCUUCAUCAAGCAGCGGAGAGAGAAGGAGGAGUGUGCUGGACCCCUGCGGGACCUGGCUGAAAAGAUCAACGCUCGACCCCGCCAUCCCGACAUCAUUACAGACUCCAUCCUCUCCAUGUUCAUCCUGGCUGCUGUAGACGUCAACAUACCUGAGGCCCAGACGUCCCCCGCCGCGGCACCUGCUUCAGUCCAUCUCGAUCUCCUGGCACUGUUGGCCGGGCUUUCUGCUCACCUCCUGCUCACCCACUGGGCUCUACUGAGCUCGGUUAAGGCUACCGGUCCUAUGCUGGUCUCUACUACGGCUACCGGGGCUCUACUGGCCUCUACUAGGACCACCUGACGCCUUCAUUAAGCCGCCAAAAUAAAGGAGGCCUUUGACUCCUAUCAAUUGAGGCCCCGAAGCUUCGACCAGAGAGUUCGUUGAGGAACUUUGAGACGCACAAAAGUGUACACUGGUUAUGAACCUAAAGGGAAGAAAUAACAAACUUUCUCUCUUGAUAAAUGCAGUUGUGUCUUGUAGUCAGGCAGUCUUUUAAGAGAAAUAAAAACAAAGAAGCAUAGUAUUUUUGAUAAGUUCUUUUAGAGGACAUAUUAGUCUGUAAUAAGAUGUGAAAGUGUAUAAUAAUGAUAUCCCCCCCUCUCCCCCUGUUCAUUUUGCCAAACGCUCUAUUUUUACAUCACUUUAUCAGAUCCACAAGUGCUUUUUGAUCCCAGAGUGGUGAUGCGGACAAUCCCCUCAGCGAAGGGUUGAGUGCCAAACAAAUAACACACUAAAUAAGAAACUCAGUGAUACAAGUACAUUGUACUAUGAGAACACAACAAGGAUACAUCAAGCCCACCUAAUGCUGCAUGAUGAAAAGCAACAACAAUGACCAAAAACACAAGAAUCCUGGAGAGAAAUGAAGGCAAAUAUGUUCAUCAGAAGACAAAAUAAAGGAUGUUGUAACAUAUGAAGACCUACUCCCUCAACCAUGUGGAUUGUAGCACUCUCAAGGUUCACUGUCCUGGCAUCCCAUGACGUCCCAGGGGACGUACCCCGUCGUCCUUUGGCGCCCCGUGGCGUUACAAGGCGUCCUGUGGCAUCUCUUGACAUCUUUUGUCGCCCCAUAGGGUCUUACGGGGUUGCCAGGCGUCUUAUCGCCUCGAGGCGCUCGUUUGGCGUUCCGUUGUAUUUCGUAGUGUUCCAAGGCAUUCCAUGGCGUCUCGUUGUGUUUUGUGACGCCCUGAGGCGUUCCUUGGUGUCCUGUGGUGCUGCAUGGCGUUGCGAGGCGUUUUUUGGCGUCCCGUGGUGUUUUGUGAGGUCCCGAGGUAUCUUGAGACGUCCCAAGAACCUCUUCAACUAGCAGUUCUCUCCGUGAACAUAUAUAUACAUAUAUAUAUAAUGUAUAUAUAUAUUCAUAUAAUGUAUUUUCUCUCUCUCUCUUCUCAGUUAUUAUCGGUAAGACUUUUUAUGAGAAGCAAAAGACAAAGGAAAGGUCGUCAGCUGAUGACUUACCUCCUCUAUAAUGAUUCUCUUUAGCGAUGCCUUCAAAUAUUUCCUUUUGUAUUGAUAUAUCUUGACAAGUCAUUUUUUCUUGGUCUUGUACAUAAAUGACUCUAGUAUCAUGGACCGUGCGUCCCACUGGAAAAAAAACAAAACAUUUCUACCUUUCCCUCCCCCAACUGCUUUUAAUUGGCUUUCAAAGGAGGUACGAUGCACUUGUGCAUGUUGUUGUUGUCCGUCUCUUAGCUAGCCAGGCUCCCAAAUGACUUACAGAAGGAAUACUGCCCAGAUGCCAACCCUUCUCUCCUAUCACUUAUGCAAGCCAUUUAUAUAUAUAUAUAUAAUAUAUAUAUAUAUAUACAUAUAUAUUUAUCCUCUUUACCUAUGGGUUUUAAUUAAUGGUUGCCAGUCAAUUGGUUGCUCCCUGAAAGGUCUAUGAUUAUUCUAUUCAAAGGCCUGCAUUAUGUAAGGAUUAUCAACAUCACUGGAUUUAUUUAAACUCUUAUAUAAAAACCCAGCCACUGGACUGGCGUAACUUGUUUUCCAUUACAGUAACACAUUAAUAUCACACACACACAUCAUUAUAUAUA